UUUACUGUGUCUUAUUAGUUUCAAGAUAUCCUCUGUUGUCUAUUUUCUUUAGUACAUCGAAAUCAGAUGAGAUAUGGCAUGGUGCAACCGAGUCCCUAUCCAGUUUCUCCACAUCUUCCUGAGAGUAGUCAGAUGAGACAUGAAAUGGUGCAACCGAGUCCCUAUCCAGGUGCAAGAGAUUGUAGACAAUAUCUACAAACUCGGCGGUGUAGCUAUGGACCUAAGUGCCGAUUCAACCAUCCUCAUGCACCGGUUUUGGGAAGCUACAAAUGUGAAAAGGGUGGAGAGCUCAUGGGUGUAGAUCGGGUUUCCUCGAUGAAAAGUUAUCAGUCGACGUUGGUUCAGAGGGUCAAUGAACUGAGCGUAUUUGAUGUCGUAAGAAGCAAUAGCCACGUCAAACUUUUGGCAUCACCAGGUUCUAUUCGCUUUGACGAACAGAUCAAGUUUGUCCAGCUUACUGAUACAACAGCCUUUAUCCCGACUUAG